CAGAUAGGCUCAUAAGUCCUAACCUCCCGAUUCCUCUCCUUCACAAUGGAUUAAAUGUUAGCCACCGCCGGCGACUACCACGCCGAGCGAAUCCGGCAACCGGAACCAAUUGUUGCCGAGACGACGACACCGAGAGUCCUCACCAUAAUCUCCUCGGUUUUGGAAAAGCUAGUGACGCGAAACGACAGGCUCGUCGAGGCCCUAACCGAGCAGCCCGAUGGGUCGAACUCGAACGGCAAUUGUAAUAGUACUCCGGCUCCGCUAGGGAAAAGCUUGCACGCGUUCCAUGGCGUUAGGGCUCCUAAUAUAAGCAUACGCAACUACAUGGAGAGGAUUUAUAAGUACACAAAUUGCAGCCCUUCGUGCUUUGUGUUGGGAUACGUUUAUAUAGACAGGUUGGCCCAUAAGUAUCCGGAUUCGCUCCUCGUGUCGUUGAAUGUGCAUCGAUUGCUUGUUACCAGCGUCAUGGUUGCUUCCAAGGUUCUCGAUGAUGUGCACUACAACAAUGCGUCCUAUGCUCGGGUGGGAGGAGUGAGCAAUGCUGAACUGAACCGGCUAGAAAUAGAACUGCUUUUGCUGUUGGAUUUCGGAGUGGGGGUUAGCUCUGGUGUUUUCGAGACCUAUUGUUUCCACUUGGAGCAAGAGAUGUUCGUCGAUAGUGCAGGUCGGGAAGUUGAAAGGGCGAUAAGCCCCGUUGCUGUCGAUGAGAUUGUGGCUGACAUGGCUUGAUUGUUUCGCAGUUUCAAACUGUUGUUUUGUAACCCAUGU